AUGGCCGGAUUAAAAGCUUAUGAAUUAAGAACCAAAUCUAAGGAACAAUUAGAAAACCAAUUGGUUGAAUUGAAACAAGAAUUGGCUAACUUGAAGGUUCAAAAAUUACAAAAACCAUCUUUGCCAAGAAUCCACACUGUUAGAAAGAACAUCGCCAGAGUUUUGACUAUCAUCAACUUGAACCAAAGAGAAAAUGUCAGAGCUUUCUACCAAGGUAAGAAGUACCUUCCAAAGGACUUGAGAGCCAAGAAGACCAGAGCCAUCAGAAGAAAAUUAACUAAGUUCGAAGCUACCAGAAUCACUGACAAGGCCAGAAAACAAAAGACCACUUUCCCAAAGAGAUCUUUUGCCAUCAAGGCUUAA